AUGGCUUGGAGACGCCUGAUCCGCCCCGCGGGCGCGGCCGCCACUUCCGCAGCGGCCCUGGCUGUGUCUGUGGGACACCCGAGCCGCUGCGAUGACAAGGAUCCACCGCAUCCUCCGCGCUAUCCGUUCUGGAUCAAGUCGAUCUUCCAUGCCCACGAGAUUCCAUCCGUCCGUCGCGGCUAUGAAGUCUACAGGCAGGUCUGCGCCACGUGCCACUCCAUGAAGCAGCUUCACUUCCGCCACUUGGUCAACUUUGUUCUGCCGGAGAAGCGCAUGAAGGAGAUUGCAUCUUCCUACGACGUCGUUGAUGGUCCCAAUGACGAGGGAGAGAUGUUCACUCGCCCGGGCAUUCUGGUUGAUGCCUUCCCUUCGCCCUACCCCAACGAGGAGGCGGCGCGCUACGCGAACGGAGGUGCCAACCCACCGGACCUGUCGGUCUACACCACGGCGAAGCACGAGGGCUUGGACUACAUCUUCGCAUUGUUGCUUGGAUACCGUGAUCCUCCAGCCGGCAUCGAGGUCCGUGACGGGUUGUACUACAACGUGUACUUUCCUGGAGGCUUGAUCGGCAUGCCCAGCCCUCUGCAUUCGGAUGGCCUUGUGGAUUACGAGGAUGGAACGCCCUGCACGAAGUCACAGAUGGCCAAGGACGUGGUGAACUUCCUUUGCUGGGCCGCCGAGCCAGCCCACGACGAGCGUAAGUUGAUCGGCUUGAAGGCGAUGUCGGCUUGCUUCGUCGGUACCUUCAUCGUGGGCUUCUGGUACAGAAGCAUGUGGAUCGGGAUUGUGGCUGUGCUCUGCGCGGCACUCCUCGGCGCACACCUGGGAGGCAGAGCUUUUGCGGUCAACCCGGUGCCUGUCCUGGUGGCGUUUUCUGCGAACAAGCACUUUGCGGCGGUGUCGCUGGGAGGUGAAUCAGGAUGCCCCUCCACGCCGGCUUCACUGCUGAAGGAGCUGGAGCGCUGGAUGCAGUCCACCGGCUCCUGGCCCAGUCCUUACAGCCCCGACGUCACCGGGAAGCCCACGGCAUACCGCACCCUGGGCUACGGCCACGUGCGAAGCAAGCUCGGUGGCUACUGGAAGGAAGGGCGGCUGCUUGUGUCCUGCUACGACGCGCUGUCGUGGCUUCGAAAAGGAGAAGAGCCCUCCUCCGAGAUAAAGCCGCCGGAUGCCGAUGAUGUGCGGCGGGGGAUGGAGCGCGUGACGGAGCGCGCGAGCAGCGAAGCCUCCGAUGCAGAGCUGAGGCAGUGGAUCUCGAAGGAGUACGGGGCUGCUGGCCUAAAGCAACUCCUCGGGGCGGCACAGGAUCCGGGCAACACCUCCUUGCAGGUGCUGAAGGAGUUCUUCACAUGGUUUCGGGAUGACUUCCCUUACUAUCGAGGUGCUUGCAAGUCCUGCCAAAACAGCACAGACUGCCUUGGACUGGUGAGGCUCCGGCUGCGUUUUGCUUCCGGGCCCGGCGAGCGCGAGCGCAAGGAGGGAGGUGCCGGCGUCUCGGAGGUUUACUUCUGCACAGGUUGCAACGUGACGACCUUCUUUCCCCGCUUUCGCACGGUGCGCCCAGUGCUCGGUGCUCAUCGCGGGCGAUGUGGAGAGUACUCCUGGGUGGCCUUGCGGCUCCUCGAGGCGCUUGGCUUCGGGGCGCGCUGGGUCGACAACUACGCGGGCCACGUCUGGGUGGAAGCCUUUGCGGCUGGGCGCUGGGUUCACAUCGACCCGUGUGAGGCUGCAGUGGAUGCCACCUGGACGCAGAGGGACAAGCUUUCCUCUGCGAAGCAGAGAGAGGCCGGAUGUUGGGAAAAGUUCUACGCCGUGAUAAUCUGUGCCUUCGUAGCUUCAACUGGGCUCUUCCACGGCUACGAUAACGGCGUGGUGAAUGGCGUCUUUACUAUGGCCAGCUUUAGGGAGAUGAUGGGCUGGCCGGCGACAGAAAGUGCCAGCGUUGCCUUCUGGGAAGGCCUCACCGUGAACGGCUUCAACGUCGGCGCAGCCGUGGCUGCUGUCCUUGCGGGCCACUUGCUUGUGGAUAGGCACGGAAGGCAUCCUGCGCUUCUCAUGGGCUCCCUGCUUUUUGCCUUGGGUGGUGGAGUACAAGGGUCGGCGCAGAACAGGGCUAUGCUUAUCGUGGGAAGGGUAGUGGCCGGUAUCGGUGUAGGUAUCACCUCAUCAGCUGGGCCAGCCUUCAUUUCCGAAGUCGCCCCGGAGAAGAUCCGUGGUAUGCUUGUAGGCAUCUAUCAAAACAACGUCUGCUUAGCCAUCGUGGCUGCUGCAGUGCUGAACUACGCCGUCCACGACACCGUGCUCGGCUGGCGCUUGUCUCUGGGCGGUACCUUCGGCACCUGGAAUCCAGCCAGAGGCUUUGAGGAAAUUAGCCAAAUCAUCUACCUUCGAACUACGAUUUGUACCGGCGUUGUCAUGCACCCAGACACGGUAAGACUUCACGUGCUCAGCAUCACUCUCAAGUUCAGGAAGGCCUUCGCAACGUGCUUUCUGUUCCCAUGGGCUGCUGCGGAAACCUCUGUGAAGUCAGUGGAGUGCACGUCAACGUCGGUGUGUCCGAAGAUCUCCAAGAGCUCGAAAGGAUCCAAAUCGCUAUCGGGCUUUGAGCGCUUAGACGCAUCCGACAUGUUGCUCACCAUCGUGCCCUCGAGAAGCUCGGGGUGGUGCACGGUGAUGAGGUUGGCAUCGGCAAGAUGCUUCAGCCAGGCACGAAACUCGGCAUACUUCGCUACGUCUGCACUUGAACGUGCCGCCAUGGCCGGAAAAGGAGACGACAGGCAAGAACAUCAGAGGGCGUUGCUGGCUCGACAGUGCACCUGGUGGGACACUGUCGGCACCCAUACGCACAGGAUGACCCUGGGCGACCCAUACACAUAG